AUGGGUGACCUUGACACGACGCGUAAACCGCGUCCAGCCGGCAAAACCUGUUCUGUGGUAGCUUGCAAAAACUGCAGUGGCGAUAUCAAAGUAUGGAACCACGCUGUAUGCUCUGAGCAUGCUCCACUGACUCACAUGGACUGCCCAUGCUUGGUGCCAUUUUCCAUGCAUCGGUUCCCGAACGGAAAGCAGAAUGAAGAUCGACGUCGCAAGUGGUUGGCGAAUUUGAACCGUAAGAACUUCCAUCCCGGCAAAACUGCAAUGGUUUGUUCAAUCCAUUUUCCGGACGGAAGGCCGACCUCAAUGAACCCAUACCCGACUCAACAUCUGGGAAAGACAAACAUGAGAGUGCCACACAAGGGUGGGAUAAAGGCGGCGAGCUGCUCAACCCAACGCAUCGUGUCCACUGUAAAGCCACCAUCCAGUCUUGUCGUAAAGCAAGAACCAAUGGAGCCCACUGUUAGUCCGACUCCGUCACCUUCCGCCCUGGAUAGCGACAGCGCUGUUCAAGAUCACGAUACCUUGCUGGGGAUCUAAAACGUGCAUCGACACACACAGGUUUACUGCUAACAUUGUUGGUCCGACUACAAAAAAAAAGAAAAGAAGAGCAAUGAGUGCCGUAUGAGAAAACUCUGCGGUUGUUAUCGUGACACCUGAAGUUUUAUAGUUGAGGCUGCGCAAUUAACCUUCACGAUGUACGAAAGCCUUCCCUACAAACAGUCUCGUGGUUUUACAAUGCUGACCAAACCUUCAUUUGAGGAAUAUCUGUGCAUAGCAACUUCUCUUGUGAACUCAUCACUUCAGAUGCCCGUCAAAGAUAAAAUCCUGCUCACCUUGAUGCGGCUUCGCAAGGGCUUGCUGCCCGCAGACUUGGCAUUUCAUUCUGACGUGUCGACUGCUUUAGUCAGCUUCAUCUUUUCCUUUUGGAUCCCCCAUGUGGCCCAGCUGUCCAGAAUGCAUAUAUGCUUUGCAGCAGCUGUGCAUGGGCGCUGCCAUAACCAACACUCAAUUGUUGUUUCCUCUUAUUGCGUUUACUUCACUUCAUCAUCACCACAG